UGUUUCGGCGUCGACUGCAGUUAUUGCUACACAUACUUUUAUAAUAGACGCAUCGAUACCGCUAUUACACAAAAAUUGUUACGAAAAAUUUCUCGUGUAAGUAGUAAUGUUACGCGCCUUUUGAAUACCAAUUCGCGACAUAAUGAAUAGUAAAAGUAUACGUAGAAAAAAAUCUUCACUCUCCGAAGUUAAAGUUGCUGUGAUCGGCGCACCAGGUGUAGGAAAAACAGCUUUGUCAGUGCGUUUCUUAACAAGGCGGUACAUUGGGGAAUACGACCAUCAAUCAGAGACGAGAUAUAAGCACGAGGUCCUUAUUGAUAGUGAACCUAUUCUAUUUGAAGUCUUGGACACAUGUCCGAAGAACGAAGAUGAUCUACCUUCCUCCGAGGUGCUUAAUUGGGCCGAUGGUUUGCUGUUGGUGUAUUCAGUCAUCGACCGUCAGACUUUCGCAUAUGUAAAGAAAGCGGGUUUGAUAUUGGCGAACUGUGAUAUUCCGGUGUAUUUGCUAGCGAAUAAGUGCGACAUGGUGCAUCUUAGGCAAGUUAGCUAUGAUGAGGGUUCGAUCUUGGCGCGAAACUUCGAAUGGGGAUUUUCGGAGGUUGCCGCUGCCGAGCAAGUGGCGCCUGUCGCUGCUGCAUUUCACGAUCUUUGUAAAGCCGUCUUGUUGUCUAGAAGAAAAUCAAAGCAGUCGCUACUAGAAAGAAUGUUAGGCGCUAAAUCGAAUUCCGUUAAGCUGUACGUCAGAGGGAAAAGUGAUAGUGUAUUACCAAAGGACUGAUAGUGAUCAUCGGCAGUGAGAAACUUUGUACAUAUUUUAAAUGCCCUCUUUAUAAUCGUUAAGUUCUGUAAUGUAGCCCUAAUAUUAAAUGAAAAUUUGUACUGUCA